AUGAGCCAAAAUUCUGUUGAAGAUUAAGGUGGUCAAUUACUUGUAAUGACAGUGUAAAUUGAUGACAAAAACACAGCAAGGAUUGAUGUAUUUGAAGAUGAUGAACCUGAAUUAUUGGCCAUGAAUUUCUGCAAUCAACACAAAUUGAAUCAACGAUUGGUCCCUAUACUGGCUGAGAAUAUCAAGUAGAACAUGAUAGUGGCUCAGAAGGAAAAGUAGAACAUGACUCAAUAUUUGUAAAAAUUGAAAGAGCGACAAAUCACGUAAGACAAUCCAUCUGAAUAACUGCCAUAAUAAAAUUUAGUAAAGCAAAUGAGUGCUCAAUCUCCAAAGACACCUCAAGGAAAAAGAGAUGGAAAUGUUUUUGAUAGAUUGUAUCAAAGUGCUUAAAUUAAAAAAAUGAAAAUGCAAAGACAAGACUCUGAACGACUGCAAAUUUCUAACUAAUUUGCCCACAAUUAGGAAUCGGAUGUCAACUAUGGAUAAUUGUUAUAUCAGAGAGGAAUGUCCAAAAAGGAUGAAUUCAUUUUAAAAGCUGAAAUGGCAUUAUUGGAGAAACAACAAUAAUAGAUGGCUGAAUGUACUCAUAAACCAUCGAUCAACCCAAUCUCCUCCAAAAUUGUUCAUAGACCUCAAGAACCUACAUGUGUUUAUCUGAAUCAAUUAGCCAAAGUCUAUUCUGAAAAGAAAGAGUAGGCCUAGUUUCUUAAGGUUGAAGAAUAACAACAACAAUGCUCCUUCCAUCCCUAGAUCGAUAAACAAUCUUAAGCAAUUAUCGAAGAGAAGAAAAAAGGCUCUUAAAUCUAAAUCCCUCAUUAUGAACAACUCUACCAAGUGAAUACCAUUAGACAAGUGAAGUUGAAUCAGAAAGGAGAGGAACAUUUCACUGAAACCCAUACAUUCCAUCCGAAAAUUGAUUAAUUGUCAGAACAACUUGUUUCUGGAUAAUCCUUCUAAGAUAGACAAUAAAAAUACUUAACUUCCAUUAAAGACAAACAAUAACCAGUCGACGAGUGCUUUCGACCUAAGACUGGUAGACCUCCUGAAUCUCGUCCAGAUAAUUUAUUUGAUUCCCUUUACAAUCAAGCUAAGACUUUGGCAGAUAAAAAGGCUUAACUCUUAUCAUCGAGUGUGGAUCAAGCUCUUUUCUAAUCCCAAGUCAAAGCCAGUCAUCAAUCCGAUAAGAUUAUUCAAUAAGCUAUUUACAACAAGCUGGCAAAUAUAUUUGAUCUCCUGGACUCCGAUUAAGAUGGUGAGAUUGAUUCUUUAAGAAUUGACAUCUCAAAUUUAGAUCCUCAAGUUCUUUAAGCCCUUACUCCAUUACUCUAAGAAAUGGAUUAAGGAAAGCAUUCUCUCAUUAAGUCAGAAUUUAUACAAUUAACUUCUCAGUUGAUGACCUUAAUGUCCAAUAAAGAAAAACAUGAUUUGCUAAAGAAACCCUAAAAGAAGGAUCAAUCUUUCAAUGUAACUAAAGACAGAUCUCCUUAGUCCAGCAUGAAAAAAAAUUGA